CUGGCCUGAUAGUAGCAUGUUUCACGGGAGCAGGUACGUUAUAGCUUGAUUACUUUAAAACUUGGUAAAAACUAGUUGUGAUUCUGAUACGUAGUCUUGUCGAUUGUAGAUUGUGCUUGAAAUGCUUCUACUGCCAAAAUUCGAACCCGCGGCCUUCGGACUAGGAAAAUAGUGUUCAGUCAAUAACCGUCUGUGCAUGCAUUAUUAAAUAUAUUACAUCGAACACCUUUAUCCUGGUAUCAUAAAUAUAAAUAAUAGCAUUUUGGAAACAAAAUUGAAUUUAUUUAUUUUGCGUUCAGAGCUGUUUUCCAGCAAUAUUUCAGUUAUGUAGUGGCACACAAUUAGCCUGUACCAGCAUAUUAAGUAACUGCCAACUUCUCCAUUCAGACACGACGUUCUAUUUGUCUCAAAAUAUCACGGAGAACAUCUACUCAUACUAGAUCUGAGCUUUCCCUACUGAGCUAUUUCUGAUGUUAUGCACCAAAACAAUUAUUGAUCGGUUAACACAUUUAACAACUGUCUCCUAUAAAUCAUCAGUCCAUAGAUAAUGUUACAUGACCGGUUAAAGGUCAACUGGGCUACAGUCAAUAUUUGAAAACAAAUCUGGUCUUCUAUCGAACCUCGGGUAAUAGUUAUACUAUUGACCGGAAAGACAUUCCUGUAUAUGUAUACUACAGUCCGUUGACUUAUAUAAGAAGUCUAAGUAAUAGUUAUAUAUGUAGACUAAUUUGAACCUAUGACUUUCAGAUGGCGUCACCGGUUUUAACCAGUAUCGAGUAAACGACAGAACGAGUUAGGAAAGGACUAGCAACGCGUACAAGUUCCGACUGAAUGGUGCAAAUACAACAUAUAUUUAGAACGGCGGAGCCUGAUCCAACCGAAGGCAGUACCGAUCUACGCCUUCAAACUUUGAUUGAUAGCUGAAAGGUCUAGUGACGAUAAAAUACUCGCACGUGCCGAGGAGAGCAUAUUUUCAGGUUUAGCUUUAAUAAUGAACUAGCUGUACCUCUGCAACCGUCUGAUGUUUUUAAAACUUGCAGCCUGAACCUUUUGCUUACUAAAUGGAAAAACAGUAGUGCAACAAAAAUGUAAAGUUUUCACUAAGUAUGGACAUGGAUGCCCUGAGUUUGGAUGAGUAUGAGGAAUUACAGAGGGCAGCCUUGGAACGUCAGGAGAUCGUAGCCAAAUAUGAUAAGGGUCGUGAAGAAGGGGCUCAGAUUGACCCGUGGGAGGACCCUGCUUUUGAAGUGUACCAGGUGACAGACAGAUAUGGAUUUAUACAUAACAAGGCCCUACCUCAUAUGACAGAUGCAGCUGAAACUAAGGCAAAACAGAUAGAAUUGGAAAGAACAACAAAAUGGGUGAAGAUGAUAAAAAAUUGGAAAAAGUACUACCCAGGGGAAAAAUUAACAAGGAGGGUAUACAAAGGAAUCCCUGACAGAUUAAGGGGUGAAAUAUGGUGCAAACUGCUGGGUGUGAGCUUCAUCAAAGCAGAACAGGAUGGUGUUUAUAAUCGUAUGAAAAGUAGGGCACGUUCAAUAUCUCCACAUAUCCGACAGAUAGAUUUAGAUGUAAAUAGGACGUACAGGAAUCAUAUCAUGUUCCGGGAAAGAUACGGAGUCAAACAACAGGCAUUGUUUCACGUUCUAGCCGCAUACUCCAUGUAUAACACAGAGGUGGGAUAUUGUCAGGGGAUGAGUGAAAUAGCUGCUCUACUUCUCAUGUAUCUCAAUGAAGAGGAUGCAUUUUGGGCAUUAUCACAAUUGUUUACAGACAAAAGACAUGGGAUGCAUGGUUUCUUCAUACCGAAAUUUCCAAAGUUGUUACGAUUCCAGGAACACCAUGAUAAUGUGUUAAAAAAGAUCUACCCUAAAAUUCGAAGACAUUUGGAGAAGGAGGGGAUAGAUUCUGGUCUUUACACAAUAAAAUACUUUUUACAGUGCUUCUUAGAUAGGCUUCCAUUUACACUGACAUUAAGAGUAUGGGAUAUUUUCAUAUUAGAAGGGGAGAGAAUUCUUACUGGCAUGAGUUACACCAUCGUUAAACUUCAUAGACGGAAGAUUAGAAAACUCAAGAUGGAUACAUUACUGACAUUUUUCCAGUCUGAUUUGGAAGCUGAUUUUAAAUAUGAUGAUGAUACAGUGAUAGAUCAGCUUCAGAUUGCACUAGAAGAACUUAGGAAAGCUAAGCUAGAUCUCCCACAGAAAAGUACAGUUAAUGAACUUCCUACCUUGCCAUUUGGUUUAGAAAUUCAGCCAAGUGUUCGUGAGAUAAUAGCUAAGCAAUCUGAUGAAACAUUUGAUGAACAUUUUAGGAAGAAUGCUAAAGGUGGAAAAGCAGCGUAUUAUAGAAAGCGUGGAUUGCAUGGAACGACACCAGAAAUGGGAGGUAGAGGAGGUUCUGAUACACGAUCGAUACAGUCUAGCAGAAUGUCGGAGUAUUCAGCGGGAGAUUUAUCCUCAUACUAUGACACUGCAGCAAAUUCAAGAUUGUCCAUUGCAGAUAUAGGCUCAAAAUCACCUAGAAGUUCUCGCACAUCAUUUGCAGAAGGUUCUGAUUUGGACAGUCCACAUCUGCCAGGUUCUCGGCACACCCCAACACCACUCGACGAAGAUGAAAUGGAGGUUGAUCGUGAAUUGACUAAAAUUCCAUUUCACGAGAAGGUAUAUGUGAAUGGUAGAGACACUUUAACAAGAGAAUCAACUCUUGAAAAUAUGCCAAAUGAAGUGUUUGAUGUUAAACCACCCUCUCAAGCAUCAGAUUAUGACAAUGUGAAUGGUGAAAAUUUGAAUGGAAAUGCUGACUAUGACAAUUUGGAAAGCGAACCAAUAGAAUUAAACAUUGAACACAUUAAGUCUAUUCCUGUGCAAUAUGAGAUACCAGUAAAACACGAAUCAUCAAGGCCACAUAUUGUCCCGAUACCUGAUAUCCCGGUUAGAUAUGACAAUGCAGUUCCAGUUCCUGUCAAACAUGAGAGUACAAUAUCGAAUGCGCACAUAAAUCAUUCACCUAAGAUUGUUGUGAAUCCUCAUACACAGGUUCAUGCUAUACCUAUCAGUAAAUCAGACGGUUUUAUAAUCGAUGGACGAUUUCCUCCUGCGGAGGAUGUUUGGAUUGAGCGCAAAGAAAAUCAGAUAGUGGUGAACAAAGAGACAAUGGAUGUUUCUUCUAGUGUACAAAAUGGUGUAAGUUCACAGUCAUUUACAUCAUCAGUAAAGAAGCGCUCUUCAGGACGCUCCCCUUCAAACCAGUCUAGUCAUAACCCAGCAAGUCCACGACAUCGUGCGGAAUUCAGAGGGAGUCCACAGAGAGGAAAUAGCAGAAGUAGUCCAAAUACUCCUACAUAUUCUGAAAAUGGUGGUCAAGCAUUUCCAUCACCGAAAUUCGUAUCACAACUUCAGAUUCGUCGUCAACCAGGUAUAAGUACGGAACAACAGAAUGGUUAUAGUAUGCAGAUAGAGUACACAGAGCAACAGAUGCAAACACCUCAACGAUCCAGAUCAUCACAGUCUAAUGUUAAAAGGGAGAUAAAUGUUCAUCAUUUAUAAAAUGUAUAAUUAUCUCACUCUUGUAACUCAUAUAUACUCACAUAUUUUGCAUUUUUGAUACUUUAUUGUAUCAGAUAGGAUUUUAUACAUCAUAAAAUUAGAAAUUUCUCUUUGAGAUCCAUAGAUUCAAAAAGUUCUUAAAGGUUCAUCCUUCAUCAUGCUAUUAUUAUCUUUAUGUGCAGAUCAUUUUUGAAACUUUCAUAAGCAUCUUAAGUUUAAUACCCAGGUCAUCGUAUGCCAGUUUAGUUGUCGGCAAAUGGGACAGAUUUUUCAAAUAAGCAGAAGAGUUGAGAUACUAUCAACAAAAUUUUGUCAUUAUUGUUAUAGUUUUGGUAAAAAAUAUAAAUGAGUUUCACAGCCAAGGUGAGGCCUGUGGUAUCUAAAUCCAAAAUAAAGACUGUGACAUUAAUAUAAGUGAAAUACUUAUUCUUGUUUAAGUUAUUUAUAUAGUCAGAGUUUAACAUUUCAUUUUGUCAUUGCAGUCACAGUUUUGGGGGGAAGGUCAUGUAAGAAACAGGGAACAUCAUAGGUCCUGCAGUACAUCCCUGUUUCAUGUUAAUCAGAAUUUUUCCAUUUCUAGUGCUGAAAAACAGAAGAAAAAAUGUAUUUGCUUAGCAUAGGUAAUCAUUAUAUAUUAUUAUAAGCUUGAUGUAAAUGCAUUAGUGAAACUAUUACAGUUAAUAUGAUAAAUCUGCACAAGAAGUUGAUUGUACAAAGUUUGCCAAAAAACUAAGUUGAAUUUAAUUGAUAUGGGUUAAGAUUUUAAAAGUGCUAUAUUUAUAUUUAUUACAUAAAAAUCUAGGCCUGCACUUGCCAGAAGAAAGACAUCUCAAAUAUAGUAGUGCAUUUAUUACAGUAUUUGAUCCAAGGUUGUAAAAUUUAGUUUUGAGACCAGUCUCAAACUCCAGCAUCUGAUUGGUUGUCUCUGAGCACAAUUUUGAAAUUGACCAAUGGCAAGGCUGCAUUUUGAGACUGGUCUACCAGUUUGGUUUUAUAUUACCUUGGAACCUGGUUUCUGGUACUAGUUAUUGUCCAUUUGCUGAAAGCUGUUGCAAAACUACAUACAAAAUGUGGCUUAGUUUUCUUUAAACAGAAGGAAAGAAGUUAGUAAAGGAUAGUAAAAUUAUUGAAAGUUUGAUGGUCAGUUGAAAGUUAGAUAGGUCAGUAUGCACAUUGAAUUUUUCAUUUUAAGUUACAUUUCUCAAAGUGGAUAGUACUGGAAAGUAAUACCUGUUUACUCAAAAAUUAAGGAUUAUUUAACUAGCCAGUACUAAAUGAUGUGUUACACGUUUUCAAUGUUAAUUUCUUUCAACUCGUUAGGUAGACUGUUUAAAUGAAGCAUAACUGGAAAUGUAGCUACUUCAGGAUUGUGAUCUUAUUAAAAACAACAGUGAAAGCUACUUGAAUAUUUUUUUGGUGUACAGUAAUUUUGAAAGGCAACUUCCUGAAUGAUUUGGAGAUAAAGCUGUUUACAGUCUGAUGAUAGUUGUUUGCAGGGCAAGAUUAGUUAUAAAUGUUUUGUUCAGAGAAAUUAUACAGUAUAUUAAUCAUGUUAAAAAGAUGUUUGAUAUUUUACCCUGAUUAUUUUAUAUGUUGUGCAAUAUAUCUCUAGGCUCACAUCACAUGCAUAUUUAUGUAAACAAAAUAUUGUACAUAGUUACUAACGUACUGUCUUUAUUAAGGUAGAAGUUGCAGAUUGUAAUAUAAUAUGAGCCGUGCCAUGGGAAAACCAACAUAGUGGGUGUGCGACC